ACGAACUGCAGCGUGCGUCCCUGAGCUUAAAUAACUAUUUGUAAACAAAGGCCAAUUUUAUAUGUUUUCGAUAUAAAAAAUAUAUAGUAUAAUUUUUAUUAAAUAUUACCAUUUUUAUUCAUUAUGAGCACCAGGAAACCUAUGAAUUUUUCUUGGAUUGAUGAUGGCAAAUUAGCAGCUUUCGGUCGACCAUCCUCGCCGGAAAAUUUGCGUUUCCUUUUGGAAAAUAAUAUUACAUAUUUAGUAACUUUAUCACCUGAAUGCACACCUCCUGUGUUUACAUUUCCAGAUAUACACUGGUAUGAAAUUAAAGUUCGUGAAUUUCAUCCUCCAAGGAAUGACCAAAUUAAAAAAUUCAUAAGUAUUUGUGAGAAAAGUCUGGAACAAGGAAAGGCUGUAGGAGUCCACUGUAGAAUGGGUAGAGGAAGAACUGGAGUUAUGGCUGCUUGUUAUUUAGUGAAGUUUCAUAAUAUGACUCCUCAAAGUGCAAUGGGACAAGUACGAAAAAUGAGACCUGGUUCUAUUGAAACAUAUACUCAAGAGGAGGCUGUCAUGGAUUAUUAUUGGUCAAUUUGUAAAGAGAGACAAAGUCAAUAGUCAUAUAUUAGGCAUUUAAAAAUUUUAUUUAUUAAUAUAUAUAUAUAUUUGUUAAAGAUGUUAUUAGACAAUUUACAUGUGCGUGAUAUUUUAACUGUUAUCUUUUAUUUAUUGUAAAUGUCUGUAUUAUAUAUGGAAUUUCUUUUUCAUAAGGUAUGUUUGAAUUUGAGUUUGUUUUAUCACUUUAAUAUGUGGGAGCACGUAAUGAAGGAUAAUGUAUUUAUUGACUACAUGUGCAUUUUAUGAAAGCUGAUUUUAUCUGAGCAGUAAAAUUGUAUUUUUAUGUUGAAUUUCUUUUGUAUUAUUGGUCAGUGACUCAUUUGAGAAUUUUUCUGGGUGCUCUAUGACAUUUGUGAAAAUAUUAUUGUAUAUUCAUGGAGUGUUUUAGAUUAUAUCUUUGUAAGUUUAAAGCUUUAGGAACCAUUUAUUUCAGAUUUUACCAGAACCUAAGUGAAUGCAUCAUUAAUAAAAAAUAUAUUUUUAAAAUUUAUUACAUUUUUCUUCUUGUACUUAUAUGAAUGAUUUAAUUAAUAAAAUUUCUUGAAUGUUGAGAUAAUUAACAAGUACUAAUAAGUUGAUAUAAAUAAUCUCUAUUAAUAAGCUAAUAUUUAUGCUUAUUUACUUAUUUCUAAAAGCUGUUAUUAGUUAUUUAUUGUUAAUUAAUUACAUUGUACAAAAAUAAUUUCAUUUCUCAUGAACAUUUUUAUUCAUCAAAAAUUUCUUUAUUAUUAAUUGUAAAAACAUUGUACUGCUUUAUCUAUAUGAUCAUAAAAAUAUUAUAUAGAUAAGAAAUGAAUUUUUGUUAUAAUUAAUAUGUUAAAUAAACAAUUUUAAAAAUCCUUUGUGUAUAAUCCAUUAAAUAUCUCAAAAUUUUGUUAUAUAAGACAUGUGGUGAUUUUCUUUUUUAUUAAUUAACUAGUAACCUUUGAUCAUCUGCUGGUUCACUGAGAGUAUUGGCUGUGUUUUAUUUCAAUUAAAUCUUUAAUUCAUAAUAAGAUAAUCAGAAUUUGUUGAACAGAGUUAUUUAAACAAAUUGUAAUAAGCCAUGUUAUUUAUUUAUUAUGUUUAUGUGUACCUGAAGAUCAUUGUUUACUCCCAAGAAGGUCCAUAUUAUUUAUUACUCCCCAGAUGUAAUUAUCUCCAUUAUUUAACAUCAUUACACAUUGUUUAACAUGGUAAUUUCAAUUUAUUUUAAAUGCUCAUUUAAAUCCAAAAUGAAAAUGAUGUGAUGCAUUUUGUUUGUAUUGAAUGGACAGAAAAGUGGAAUUACUUAAAUUUCAUUGCAACAAUGAAAAGUAUUGUUGUAAAUAUUGUAUAAAAAUGUUACAAUAAAACUGCAUUAUGUUUAAAUUUUAGUAUGAUAAUGUUUUCAGAAGUUAUUGCAGAAAAAAAUUCAAGAUGUCUUUAAUUUUUAAAUAUUUAUAAAUCAAAAUUUCAACCGAAAAAUUAUAACUUAAAAUUAUGUAUUGCCAUAAUUAUGGUUUGCCAUGUAAAACAUCAGCAAAUACAUAUAAAUGCAUAUUAUUUUAUAUUAUUAACAGAGAUUUAA